AUGACGAUGCGCUGUGUGCUGCUUGUGUGUGCGCUGUGUGCGUGGUGCGCCUGCGGGUGCGCGGCAGAAGGUGACGAUCUAGUGGGUGGUUUACCUGACGGGGAUCUAAAAGAGAGUUCCGCAAAAUCCGGAUCUGAUAAUCCGCAGGAUCCUUUGAAGGUGUGUUCUCCCGGUGCGGUGGACAACAGCGGGGCGGUCUGCCCUGUUGCGGAUCAGAGAGAAAAUGCUUUGGUUCGUGAUGAUUGCACAAAUCAACCCGACACGCCCAAGUGCAAGGUGGCUGCUGUUCCUUCUCCUUGUAAAGAGAAAAACCCUCCCGGAUGCAAAAAUCCUGAAAGCCGUGAUUCAGUUGCGCUUUGCACAGAAACUGAGGGGAGUUGUAGGGAUGCUGCUGACACGGGGCUUGAGAGAGGUAUACCCGAUCGACAACAAAUUCCUGCUUCUGUUGAAUGCAGAGAGACUGACGUUGGUGCUGCAGCUACCCCAACCUGCGUGCGUGCAGGGAAACAAGAACGGGAAGAACGUCUGGAGGAGGAGCCUGGUGGAGAGAAAGACAAUGAUGGUGAGCAAGGAAACACCGGUUUGCGGCAUGAAACACAGCACAACGCUGCAGGGGAAGGCGACGGCCAGUCAAACCCGCAGUUAGGUCUGCAGGCCAAACAGAAAGACGACUCUGAGAAGCAGGUGAAGGAAAAAGAAGAUGAGAGAGAUGGCCGCGGUGUCAAGAAAGAAAAGGCAGAAGUACCCGAAAGCAAACAGAAAUUGCUUACCCCAGUAAAAACGGGAGAGCACGUCGACAAAACCCCGGCCAGUGGUCGUCCAGAAGGAAGCCAUAGACAAGGGAGUCAAGCCGAUACUGGUGAUGUCGAUGCAAUGACUUCAGAAGCCAGCAGCCCUCACAGAACUGCGGGGAAAAAGGACGAGAAGACGAAAGAUGAUUCCAAACCAACAACCAUUUUUAAUACUGUUUCUGGUGGUGAACACACUGACAACGGCUUCUCUGCAGGUGAUUUUAAGACUGCCACGGAAGCCAACAAUAAUCAACAAGAUGUUUCCACGAGUACUGUUGUCACUGAGGUCACCCACAGCAACACUGCCGCCACUGCUCCAGCGGUUGAGAACGUGAAGGACACGAAGAAUGUGGACAGCAGCGUUAGUCCUGUGUGGGUGCAUCCACCGCUGCUUCUGGUGGCGUUGUUUGCAGUGACGGCUGUGUCAUGA